AUCUGGCAUAGCAUUGUAGAGUCCCCGGAAGUGGUGGCGUGAGAGGCCGGGCCGAGCCGGCUCGGGUAGCGGGACUCCGGACAUUGGGUCGCUGCUCCCAGGCGGGUCAUGAACGGGCCGGCGGACGGCGAAGUGGACUACAAGAAGAAAUACCGGAAUCUGAAGCGAAAGCUCAAGUUCCUCAUCUACGAGCACGAGUGCUUCCAGGAGGAGCUCAGGAAGGCGCAGAGGAAAUUGCUGAAGGUGUCCCGGGACAAGAGUUUCCUCCUAGACCGACUUCUACAGUACGAGAACGUGGACGAAGACUCUUCUGACUCAGAUGCCACUGCAUCCUCAGAUAACAGUGAGACAGAGGGGACACCCAAGUUGUCUGACACACCAGCCCCCAAGAGGAAGAGAAGCCCUCCACUGGGAGGUACCCCUUCCCCCUCCAGCCUCUCCCUGCCUCCUUCAACAGGGUUUCCUCUUCAGGCUUCUGGGGCCCCCUCCCCAUAUCUGAGCUCGCUGGCCUCCCCCCCUUAUCCCCCAUUCCCUUCUGACUACCUGGCCCUGCAGCUGCCCGAGCCCAGCCCCCUGAGGCCCAAGCGGGAGAAACGGCCCCGCCUGCCCCGGAAACUCAAGAGCGAUCACUCUGGCUGCAGUGUGGAGGAGGAGCUGGAUCUGGGAGAGGCUGAAGGCAGGGAGUCCAGUUAGAGGCUGGUACCUAGCACAGAUGGCGGUGGGACCCCCUGACUGCCCUGUGGGCGGGCCGCUGACAUUCCCUGCCCGGGGUCCUGGGGCUGGGGUUGGGGCAGCCCUGACACCCCUGCCCCCGCCCAAGAUGCCUCCACACACAAUCCUGAGCACCGUCCCUCGGCAGAUGUUCAGUGAUGCAGGCAGCGGGGAUGAUGCCCUGGAUGGGGACGAUGACCUGGUGAUUGACAUCCCAGAGUGACCACCCAGUGCCGUCUGUCAAGCCCCUCCCAACACCCCUAUCCAUGCCAGCACAUAGAGCCCAGCUUCCUCAGAGGUGUUUAUUGAUGCCCAGUGCCGUGCUUUGGCCACUGACACAAUCAAAAAAGGCAUAAACAUGCACGAAUGUCCCCCAGGAAGGUGGCAGGGGCACUCCCCUCACAUCCCAACCCCUGCUAGGGGACAGUUAUUUAAACGAGUGGCCAGGGGCAUCUGCCAUCUCUUAGGGAGGCAGAGACCCUGUGGUGUGGCCACCCCUUUAAAAGGGCAGCUGUUACAGGGCUAGGACUUUUUUUUAAAUGAAGAUUCUGUAUUAAAGGAUUGGCUCU